AUGGUUCAAUGGGUAAUAGAUGAAGAACAACACGAAGUCCAGAAAAGGAAGAAACGAUCUUUAAGUUUCAACCUGGCGGGUUUCAGUCUACAGCGCCAAGCGGCAUUCAGCCUCGAUAAUUUCAAUAGAGUGAACGACAUCUACAACUGGCUGAGGACAGUGUCGCAGUCUACUGCCUGCCAGGGGAAGUGUUCCCUUUUUGACCUGCCCAAGAACUCGUACGAAGGACGACCCCUGCGUGGAAUAAAGAUUGGGACUCCAAAACCCGGCACUACCAAACCAGCCAUCUGGGUAGACGCUGGGAUACACGCCAGGGAAUGGAUAGCGCCGGCCUCCGCGCUUUACUUUAUUAACAAGCUGAUUACAGACUACAACACCCCAGACGUGAAGUUUAUGGUGGAUACGUAUGACUGGUAUAUUCUACCCGUGGCCAACCCUGAUGGAUAUGAAUACACCCACACUCAGGAUCGCAUGUGGCGCAAGACACGGUCCAAGCAGAGCUAUUCAUGCUACGGCGUCGACCCCAACAGGAACUUUAACUUUCACUGGGGAGAGAGUGGAACAAGCCAGUACCCGUGUGCUGAAACCUACGGCGGCAAGAGGGCGUUUUCCGAGCCAGAAACCCAGGCGAUGAGAGACUUCAUCUACUCCAAGAGACACAUCAUAAAGACUUACAUUAGUCUCCAUAGUUACGGGAAUUACUGGCUGACGUCAUGGGGAUACACCAGAAACCUUCCAAGUGACUAUCAAGAACUGCUGAACAUUGCCAAGAAAGGUUCUGAUGCUAUACUCUCUGUCCGUGGCCAAAGUUAUUCCUUCGGAUCUGCCGGGGUAUUGCUGUAUCCUGCCGCCGGAGGCUCUGACGACUGGGCUAAGGGUAAAGCGGGCAUAAAGUAUUCCUACACAAUAGAACUGAGUCCCGGGGACCAAACAUCGGAUCGCUGGUACGGGUUCAACCUCCCCGCUAGUCACAUCCCCCGCGUUGGCGAGGACCUCUUUAAGGGUCUUAAAGUGGUAGCUGAAGCAGUGGAGGAAAAGUUAAGAUGAGAAGAGAGGCGGUUGCUCCGCGUGAAAAUAGUACCUGCGUCAAAGAGAUCCCAUUCUGUUUGUUGGAAAGAAUAUUGUUACAUUGCGACUGUGAUUAGAUUUGGCUAUGCAAAAAUGCAAUAAAACAAAUGAAAUAUUAAGUGGACAAUUGUAAAGAUUCAGUUCUUUUAUUAACAAUUAAAAUUUUCAUUUGCCUUGAUGAUUCAAAAGUUUCGUCUGUGUAGUUUCAUCAUUUGAAUUUUUGUCAAGAAACUUAUCACUUUCAACACAAUUUAAUUGUUCACGCUGUUAAAUCUCAACUAUCGCAAUGGACUCGAACAAGACCAAAUUCAAACGAACGUCAUGCCAACAUUCACUGUCAACGUUAUCGUACUCGUAUGGUUGAUUUCUUAUAAUAUUCUCAGAAUAAUUUGUAAUUUGUUUUUGAAACCAUAUGAUGAAAUGAAAGCAUAUUUUAUAGUGAUACAAGAACAAUUAAUAAACGAAAUGAGGACCUCCGCAAAUCAUUUUGGCAGAUCCUUCUGCUGCCUCCAUAUCUGGAGGAAGGCCAACAGCAAGAAGUUUAACUUUCAAAAUUAAUUAUCUGCUCUUUUAUUUGCCAUAGAGCCUUUCAAAAUCCUUUGCGAUUCCCUGUCAAAAUCUGAUAUCAGAAUUAUUUCAUUGUUUCUUCGGUGUACCAAAGAUAAGAAGUGGUAAAUGGCUGUUCUAAAAUAAAUAAAAAAUGCAGUAAUAUUGUUCAUAUUGUCAAUUCUCCACUGAAUAAAUAACAUUAACUUUGUGUCAGUGGGUAA